AUGUCACAUGAUGUCCGUAAACGGAUACGUUCUGAAUACAAAUUUGUCAAUGCAUUUACUCCUUUUUUAUUGAAUCAACAACUGUACGACCAAGACGAACACCGGCGGCUAUUUUCUCAAUUGCCUAAAUUACCUCCACAAUUAGGACAAAGUAUUCUUGAAUUCAUUGAUAAUGCCCCUGUGUCAAUAACAACAAUAACGACACCCACAAUAGAAAUAUGUCAACUGAGAAACGAUCUUGGAGAAAAUAUACCUGUAAAACCUAAAUCUUCGGCCCGUAAAAAACCUAGUUUGAAACAGGCACAUUUCAAAAUUUUAUCUCGUCGUUGUUGUCGCCCCCACAAAAAUAGUAACACCACCAGCGCCACCACCACCAACAACAACAACGACGAUGAAGAGGACAAUUAUCAAAUUAGAAGUUCAUCAUCUAUACCAGGUGAUGAUACUGAAGAAAUUCAAGUUCAAUUAGUGUAUAAUAAAUCCAAUACUCCAAAAUAUCUUGGUCAAUUCAUUAAUGUAUAUCUGGAUAAUCGAUUAAAACGUCAAUGUAAAUCAUGUCCUGCCAUGUAUACUGAUUUGAAAGGAUUUAAUCGACAUUAUGAAAGCAAACAUUUAUAA